CCAUAACUACUAAUGUGUGAUUAUUAAGUCUUGGCGUAAAAACUAUCAAAACACGCUAGCGCUUUCCAAAUGGGUGUGACGUAAGUACCUGCUGACGAAAUACACAUUUCAUUUGGAGGAAAAGCUGGGUCGAAUUUUCUACGCGCGUAAGACCUUACUUAAAACUCAAUCGUAAACAAGCCAACGUGCGGAAAUCUACCUUGGUUUUACAAAAAAUUGUAACUGAGACCAUGCAGGAAUCAAAACAAUGACGAUCAUAAAUACUUGUUGCUGUUGUAAUCUACGAAUUGGCGCUUUUGCCUGUGGAAUCUAUACUGCUAUCUUAUCCUUGGUUACUAGUGGUCUGUCAGGAUACAAUUUGUACCAUAUACAGUUCUUUGACCUUACUCGAGUUGAAGAUGAAACUGAGAAGCAAAUGUGGGAAGGUAUUGAGGCUUGGUGUUAUGCCACAUUAGCAUUGUGUUCCCUAACGUUUUUGGCUUCCUUACUUCAUAUUGUUGGAGUGCAUAAGGAUCAGAGAUUUUUAUUCCUUCCAUGGAUGUGUAUGAUGGUCCUUGUUAUACUGGUGGAUGCCAUCUCAGUUGUUUAUGGUAUCUUUACCUAUGAUAAUGUUGAAGUUACGUUCUCCAUUAUCCAUUCUAUCCUGUGGCUCAUAUUUACCCUGAUCAGUAUGUACUGUCUGUUGUGUGUAAUCUCCCAGUACCAGGAGUUGGCAGCAGGAAGAGGAACUGCAGCAGAUUACAGGCAUCCAGCUGUCAUCUAUGAGUCCUCUAUCAAUGAGGUGAUGAUUGCUCCAGGCCCAGUUAUUAUUUAUCCACAUCACGGGGCAUACAGUGCAGUUCCCACUCAGCCUGGAGAGGAACCACCCCACUACCAAGAUGAGGAUGAAGAAAAGGAAGGGACAUCAUCAGCAGAAGCCUUGUUGAAUGAUGACAACUUCCCUUCAUCACAAGAACAUCUGGUGGCACAAUCAAAAAAGAAGUCAAGGAGAUAAAUGACCUUAUCUACUGUGAGAUUUUGUAUGCUCUUUUAGCAAAAACAUGUUCUUUUCCAAAAAUGAAAAUAAGGUUAUGCUUACAGAAACUGAGUUGGAUUUAAGAGUAAACUUUUGAGUGAAAAAUGUUUUUUAUUGAUGGGUUUUUCCCUGAACUGUUUACUGAUCAUCUGGAAUUCCAUGAGCAGUAAUACAAGAAAUACAAUAUAAUACCAAAAAUCUUGAGGGUGUAGCUUUAACCAGUGUCAUAAAAGUGCAGAAUCCACAGUUACCUUUGUACAUGUAAUAGAAAUAGAAAUUUCAUGAGGAGGGUUGAUAUUUUAGAUAAAAUGAAAGAAAGUUGCGUAUUAGAGAGUAUAUUAUUUUGUGUAAGUGUAAAGUGUAUUUGCACAUUUGCUAUUAGCUUUAGGAUG